CGUCCACGCGACGCAUCCUGUUCACACCAAUCCUGACAAUGGGAAGGAAUCGGACAAAACAAGUUCGGUUGUCAAACGGGCGGAUUGGGUAAAAACAAACCUCCCACUCGAUCUACGGCGAGUCACGAGAGUUCGAACUUUAUCAGUGUGACUGGGGAGUUCCAGAGCACGAGGAAGAGCUCUGCCACUCAGAAAACAACAAAUAAUCGAAACCGCUUAUUUUUUAUCGAUAUAUUAUUAUGAUACGCGGUGCCUUCUCCAAGCAGACAGAGAAAGACAGUUAGCUAGCGAGCUGGCUAAGCAAACUAUCCUUAGGGGAAGUGGCGGCAGUCAUCGUUGCAGGAGUUUCGCUAUCUGGCUCGACUGCUAGCGUAGCCUACUCCGCCUUACACACCCACUUUUCGUCUGUUUGGUGUUUACACAGGUUUCGAAUGACCUGGACUUAAACCAGCUUCGGCUUUUUGUUGAACACAAAAGAAUGGUUUGGCUAUAUAGAGCAUUUCACUGAUGUUAGCAAGCUAGCGAGACGUAUGGUGUACAAAGCUUAUCGUUAGCCAGACCAAACUGGAGUCGGCCUGACAAUACAGCGGCGUGGACUGUGGAAGUCGUGCUUUUGUCAUUUAUUAACCGCAGAACGCUAGUCUGACGCUCGUUAGCGUCUAUGCAGUUGCUUCACUGGGCUUUGAGGGGUAUAGGAAGCGUUCCGCCUUUCUGAGUCCCUCUGGCUCUGAAGUGCCGGGCGCAUCUCAGGAGGACCGGACUCCCAGCAUGCUGGACUAAAAAGCGGUGAUGAGCAGAUUGGAGUUUUAGUCGCUUACGGUUGUUUUGGACUCUCCGUUGUCCAAUUGGGGAAGGCAGGAACACACGGGCGAGAAUGAAGAAGUUUGCACGUAUGCCAAAGUCGGAGAGCGGAGGUCUCGGGGGUGGGUCUGGAUCUGGUACUGGGAGCAGCAACGUUGGAAAGGUGUUUGCCGUCGGUCGGUACCAGGUCACCGUGGAAGAGCUGGUCGCUGAAGGAGGUUUUUCUAUGGUGUUUCUGGCCCGCACACACAGUGGCGUAAGAUGUGCCCUGAAAAGGAUGUAUGUGAACAAUGUCCACGAUCUGAACAUCUUCAAGCGGGAAAUCACAAUUAUGAAAGAAUUGUCUGGCCAUAAAAACAUAGUGCGGUAUCUGGACUCGACCACAAAUGCUGUUGGAGACAGUGUAUGGGAGGUUCUGAUUCUCAUGGAGUACUGCAAGGCUGGUCAGGUGGUGAAGCAGAUGAACCAGCGGCUGCAUGUUGGAUUCACAGAGGCAGAAGUGCUCAGUGUAUUCUGUGACGCCUGCGAAGCGGUUGCCAGACUCCACCAGUGCAAAACUCCAAUCAUCCACAGGGACCUAAAGGUAGAAAACAUCCUCCUGAAUGACCAGGGACACUACGUCUUGUGUGACUUUGGCAGUGCCACACAUAAAGUGCUGCUUCCACAUAAAGAUGGAAUAACUGCAGUGGAGGACGAGAUCAAGAAGUACACGACUCUUUCAUAUCGUGCCCCAGAAAUGAUUAACCUGUACCAAGGGAAAGCCAUCACCACAAAGGCUGAUAUCUGGGCACUUGGAUGCUUGUUGUACAAGCUGUGUUUCUUCACACUUCCAUUUGGGGAGAGUCAAGUUGCCAUAUGUGACGGCACCUUCGCUGUUCCGGAUGGUUCAAAAUUCUCCACCAAGUUGCACUGUUUAAUCCGAUACAUGUUGGAGCCCGAUCAAGAAAAGAGACCUGACAUCUAUCAAGUGUCUUACUUUGCCUUCCGGUUAGCCGGAAAGGAGUGUCCAGUGCCAAAUCUUUUUAACUCCCCCAUUCCAACCUCAUUGCCAGUGUCCCUUACUGCUAGUGAUAUUGCUGCUAAGAAGAGCCAGACAAAAGCAAGAAUAACGGAUUCAGUUGGACCAACAGAAACAUCAAUCGCACCCAGGCAAAGACCAAAAGCUGCAAACAAUGUUCUGCCUUUGGCCAGCACUGUAACUCCUGUGAAGAUGACUGUACCCUCAGGUACGGUUAGCAACGGCCAGAAAGCUCCUGGAAAUGAGCAGCUGCCGGCUGCGCAAAUGCCGAGCAGCAGUCAACAGAACAGAGUGUUACAGCAACUGCAGCCUGGAGACCUCCGACUACAACAAUUACAUCAUCAACAACAACAGCAGCAGCACAACAUGCACCACCAUCAACAACAAAUCGCCGCACAUCAACUACAGUACAUGCAACAGUAUCAGCAGGCCGUGCAGCAGCAACAGCAUCAGCAUAUGCUUCAGCAGCAGAUGAUGAUGAUGCAUCAGCAGCCCAUAUAUCAAACCCAGCAGCAACAGCAGGCUCACUACACCGCUCUGAUGCAGCAGUACCAGCAGGCCUUUUCCCAGCAUCAGUGUGCACAAGUUCAGCAGGGUCACUAUAUCUCCCCUCUGGAGUUCCAAGGCCCAAUGGGCUCCUAUACCCCUGUUGGACCUUCCCCAGUAGAAACUCCGUUUGCUAACAUCAGCCGAACCCCAGUGUCCACCGCUGAGGUCCUGUGUCCACCCCCCCAGACUGUCAGCAACCCUCCUGAUAUGUCUAGCUGGAACCCAUUUGGAGAAGACAACUUCUCUAAACUUACAGAGGAGGAGCUAAUCGAUCGAGAGUUUGACCUUCUCAGAGCAAAAAAGCCGGUAGAGAGAUCUGUCAGCAUGGAGUCCAGCAAUAUAGACAGACAGCAGCCGGUACUGCAGCCCUCACUGCAUGAGGAUCCUUUUGGCUCUGUGCCCUUCCUGGCCAACGCAGGAGCUGGUGUGCAAACAGCGGAGUGUCCAAUUGAGAAGGUCAGUGUUGCUACGGCUGGACCACCGGCUACACAAGAUGUCACCCUGUCAUCUGUCAAGGACCCUACCAAACCUGCAAAAAAAUGUAGCUCCACUAGUGCACUGUCCAAGAAAGCUGGCGAGGAGUCUGACAGUGAUUUCGAGUCUGACCCGCCCUCUCCCAAAAGCAGUGAAGAAGAGGAGGUGGAAGAGGAAGUGGAAGAGGAGGAAGGUCUUAACAGCGAACAUGAAGACACCGAGCCUGAAAACCUGGGUCAGAGGCCAUUACUUAUGGACUCUGAGGAAGAGAUAGAAGAAGAGGACAAACCAAGCUCCGAUUCAGACUGUGACUGUAGCAUAGCCGAACCUAAGUCAAGAAGACCGCUUGACCAACCUUCUCCAACUGUGAAAGCUGAAUCCAGAACCAGAGCGAUCACUCCACCAGAUUCACCAAGUGUCACCAUGUCUGCUGCAAGCCUUGUGGAUGUGUUUGGUGCCAUUCCUUUUGUUGGCAGCGGUCAGCCCCGAGUGUCACCAGAGAGCAUCGAUAUUUUUGCCAAAGCCCCUUUCAGGCAGGCGAGCCAGGAUAAUGCUGUGGACGAGAUUGAUGUGUUCACCAAAGCUCCUUUCAACAGAAACCUCUCCAAGUCCAGCAAGAGUGGCGACGGCCACAGUGGCCAGACAACACCCGUUUCCCUCGACACUGUGGAUGUAUUUGGCUUUUCCCCAUUCCAGCCCAGCCACGUCACACCCACCUCCAAUAACCAGGAGGAUAUUUUCGGCCCAACCUCUUUUGACGAAGCAAGCCCCCAGCAACUGCGACAGAAGCAGCGCAGCCUUCAGAAACUCUCCUUGCGUCAAAGACGAACCAAGCAGGAGGCAGGUGGCAUCAAUGGGAAGCGCCACCACGGCACACCCACCGGUGGCAGAAAAAGCAACAAACCCAGCUUCCGCACCCCUGAACGGGCACGAAGGCACAAGAAGUCGGGCAGAAGGGACUCGCAGAGCAGCAAUGAGUUCCUCAGUGCCUCCGACUCAAAAGAGAACAUCAGUAUUUCCCUGGGAGAGGUGAUGGAAAAAGGAGCUGCGCUCCCCCCGGAGGAGGCCUUGCUGGACCCAUUUGACGACAAGCCUUUUCAUUCACAAGAUGGCAGGCGACACGGUCAGCACCAGAGCUUGGGAGACAACAAAAGUGAGAUGAAUUUAUCCAACAGCAGGCCAAGAACAAGCUCACUACAUGGUGUUUUUGAUGGAAAUAAGAUUGAUGACUUUGGCGCCGUACCUUUCACAGAAGUGGUGGUCCCGGAUGGAGCUCCACAAACACCACAAAUGGAUCUCGACCCUUUUGGAGCCGCACCUUUCCCUUCAAAGCAGUGAAUGUCUUCCAGCACAUGUUCAGACACACACACACUGCCACAUUAUGCAAAGUCCAAGCAGCCUUUUAAAUGUACUUAAUGGACGGCAGCUUUGUGCUGUGCAGCCAAUUGGGACAAAGUCCUUUAAAUUAGAUAACAUCCACCUUUUGUAGUUUUCUAAGUAUUUUAAUACAUAAUUGGACAGCUAUAACAAUGUUUUAUUAUGUGACUUAAACCUGUGGUGUGUGGAUGUUCUUGAAUAGGCUUUUCAAAACAUACUCUUUAGCCUUCGCUCGUUAGAAAGCCUUCUAUGCUGCAUAAGCGCUCUUUGCUCAGUAAAAACGUAGAGCAUUGUGAUUAAGUUUGUACUCCAUUGACCACUGAGUUGGUAAACCUACUCGUUUGGAUAUACCAACAUUAGUUAAACACCAUGAAGCCUUAUAUGGGUAAUGCCCCGCCCUGCUUUACAGUACCUCGAAUACAUAAUGGAUGUUGUAGCCCAUUUGUGUCGAGUGAAGGUCUUCUCCAUUUAAAAGUCAUUGACAUAUUGAUCAUUUGAUGCAUAUUUUUACAUUUUUAAGUGCAUUCAAUGUUUUCAUUCUUUUUUAUUAUAACAGUGUUCUUCCUAUACGCAUACAUGACAAUGGACGCAUAUUUUCCUUUCCAAAAUUAAGACCACACUGGAGAGGGGUCACCUUAUUGUUGGUUCUGAUGAUGCGUUUGAAUAUGAAACAAUAAUAAUAACUCUAAUUGUAGUUAUUAUUCCUUAAAAGGCACAGGGACAUUAUUGGUAAUGUCAGUAUCAAUAAUGAAGAUAACCUAGAAUUAAGAACAAGGAAUUUAUACAUACCCUUAGUUAAUAUGUAUAUAUAUAAAGGGAUAGUUCAUCCAAAAAUGAACGUUCUGUUUUCAUUUACUAACUCUCCAUUUGUUUCAAACCUGUAUACAUUUCUUUGUCCUGCUGAACACACAUUUGGAAGAAUGUUUGUAGUUCUGGGUCACUAUUGACUAUCAUAGUAAAAUAGCUGUAGUGAGAAAACUACAAUGGUAGUCAGUAGUAAAAGUACUUGUUUUUACACAUUCCUCAGAAUAUAGUUUGUGUUAAACAGCACAAAGAAAUGUAUAAAUGUGGGUGAAUGACGACAGACUUUUCAUUUUUGGCUAAAAUGUCACUUUAAGACAAACGUUUAAAGACACUAAAGGGUAUCACACAUAAAAGGUGUCACAUCUGAAUAGGAAUUAUGAAAAGGGCCAUUUGGAAGAAACAUUAAGGCUAUGGCUUACAUGACAUUCAAGACCAAAAAUCAUUUUUCAUGUUUUUCUGUUUUUAGAGAGUAAAGUUCCUUUUACAUUUCUUUAAUAUAUAGUACUGCACUCUCUAACAAUGCAAUAUGAAAUAUUUUUUUUUAUUUAGUGAUCAGU